CAGGGUUUAUGCUAGAGGCGGUUGUUUCUCUUCCGGUGCUGUAGGCUCCGUUCGGGAAGGCAUUAGGACCUCUGCGUCCGCUGGUGACAGGCUUUUCCUUCGGACCAGCCCUCCGAGUUUCUGGCGUGGUAAAACUGUACCGGUACGGUGGCCGAGAAGGUUUGAGCGCGCCGGAAGUAUCCCCCCGCGCUCGCGCCUAGCCGGGGUAGAGACGCACGUGGCGCGGCCGGAGAGACCAUGUCUUUCCGAGGCGGAGGUUUCGGAGGCUUUAAUCGCGGUGGUGGAGGUGGAGGCUUCAACCGUGGCGGCGGUAGCAACAACCACUUCCGAGGGGGAGGCGGCGGCGGUAAUUUCAGGGGUGGCGGACGAGGAGGAUUUGGAAGAGGUCGUGGAGGCUUUAAUAAAUUUCAAGAUCAAGGACCUCCAGAACGCGUCGUCUUAUUAGGAGAGUUCAUGCAUCCCUGUGAAGAUGAUAUUGUUUGUAAAUGUACCACAGAAGAAAACAAGGUGCCUUACUUCAAUGCUCCUGUUUAUUUAGAAAACAAAGAACAAAUUGGGAAAGUGGAUGAGAUAUUUGGACAACUUAGAGAUUUUUAUUUUUCAGUUAAAUUAUCAGAAAACAUGAAGGCAUCUUCCUUUAAAAAGCUACAGAAGUUUUACAUAGACCCAUUCAAGCUGCUGCCACUGCAGAGGUUUCUGCCUCGACCUCCCGGUGAGAAAGGACCUCCCAGAGGCGGCGGUGCUGGUGGUGGCAGGGGAGGUCGAGGAGGCAGAGGAGGCGGUGGCCGAGGUGGAGGAAGAGGUGGCUUUAGAGGUGGAAGAGGUGGAGGUGGGGGCUUCAGAGGAGGAAGAGGAGGUGGUGGAUUCCGAGGAAGAGGACAUUAGAUGUGCAGUUGACAGACCUCACCACUUCUGUUUUGCUGCGUGGUCUGCUGCUGUGGUUGAAGUCUGUCUGGAGCAGUCCUGAAGAUGCCGCUCUGUCAGUGGAGCUGAAAUGUCAGCAUCCAGUAGAAACAAGUGGAGCAGGACAGCCAGUUUCCUCAAGAAGAGUGUGGAGAAGAGCUUUGUACAGUACCUGGCACCCUGUGGGUGCUUAAGGAAUGACAGGACUUUAUUUGGAUUUUUUUUAAAUAAAAUUUUUUAUUUCUUAAA